AUGGAAACAGCUGAAACUCCAGAAAUCAUAGCAGAACAUAUACAACUAGCUGGCAAUGUUGAUCAGGUUCCAGAGGCAGCUUUGGAAGAAGCAAAUGCUGGGGAACAGGAAGAUCAUUCUGGACAGACCCAAACCUACAUCCUCUACAUUGGAAACUUAAACCCCAAGUAUUCCAGUGAAGUUCUCUGCAGCAUGCUGAAGGACAUCCUUGGUAUGGCAAGUGUCACCCUCCAAAGAUACAAUAUUGAAGUGAUCAAGAAACGUAAACAGGCCUAUGCUUUUGUUCAGGUGGCCACAGAAAUCAGUCUGGAGCAGGUUCUAAAACAACUACUGCUCGCUUCUGAAGCAGAACAGAACCUGUCCAAGGAGCUUGUGCAGAAAGGGAAAAAUCUCGUUGUGGGACAAGGCAAAAAGCCUGCAUCUGCUACCAAAAAUGGCAGAGAGAGCGAUUCCAUGGGAAGCAGAUCAGAUGUUCUUCUAGGAGGACCACCAGCACCUGAGAGAAGGAAGCAACUGCCAAAUGACAGAAUUAAUCCCAUCAGAAAAAGUGCUAAUUACCCUUGGAGACUGGUAGAUUGGCCAGUGACUUUUCUGAACAGCACUCGCUCGGACAGUGCCAUUGUCCAGAAAGAGAUUGUCGGUAGAGAGUGUCUAUUCUAUGGAGCUUUCAUAGGUGGGGAGACCCGGAAUGUGGAAUUCAAACAAGGAAGCGGUGAAUACCUGACAGUAACUCUAAAGCAUCAUUUGCGGAAGUAUGUGUGCGCUUUCCUCAACAGUGAAGGGGGCAGUCUUUUUGUGGGGGUUGAGGACAACGGCUUGGUCCGUGGUGUCAGAUGCAACCACAAAGAGGAAGACAGAAUUCGCCUGCUCACAGACUCUCUUUUAAAAGGCUUCAAGCCACAAGUUUUCCCUACAGCCUACACCCUGAGCUUCAUCCCAGUUAUCAAAGCAGAAGACACGGGCAUCUUUCUGAAAGUCAUCCGGUUAAGCGUCCAUCCCCCCAAACUGCACGCAGAACCUCUCCUUUAUGAAACAGACCAAGGGGAAGUGUACCUGAGGCGAGAUGGGAGCGUUCAGGGACCCCUCUCUGGAAGCGCUAUCCAAGAGUGGUGCCGGCAGAAAUGGACAGAGGAAAUCAAGAAGCUGGAAGUGAAAAUAGAAGACUUGCUGAAGGAGAAAGAAAACCUGCAACAGGAGAAGCAUACACAGAAUAACAGCACGAGAUGCUGCGUCAUCUUCUGACAUUCAGCCAUGCCACCUAUAACCAUCUGGAAGACAGCUACGUACCUGGGCAAAGAAAACAUAGCCCGGUUAAAAGGUAGUAGAUGAUCUACCUACUGUCAUCUUGCCCCAGGAGUCUGGUGGCUAUUAUGAGACCCUGUUUAGUUCUUUCCAAUAGAAGUAGUAUAUCCUACUGCAACCAACAUUAGAGAAAGUGAUUUUUUUC